UGUAGCGGUUGUCAAGUCAAAGCGGCGGUUUUCCUAAGAUGAGAUAUAAGAUUCUGACAAACGGAUAAUUAUUGUUGCUGAACUAAAAUCGAAGGGGCGUGAAUCAUCGUCAUUGAAUAACUAAAACGAAAACUGGCGUAAAGAUAAGCAGUAAACGAGGAUAACUAACGGCGCGGCCAUUUAAAGGUGGAAAUAUCUGAUAAAUGUUUUCGGGGUGUUGUCUGUGUUCUGUUAGACAAGUCAUUUAACCCACCAAGGUAAAUGUUGUUAGCUGUUAAUUAGCGUUAGCUUAUGGUACAAAUUAGUUAUGUUUGACAGUUCCAAGUUAACCUCCACAGUGAGUGUUGAUAAAGACUCACUGAGCUGAAUGGUCUCAGCAGUAUUGGUUACAGUGGUGAUUAUUUGUGAACAGUCAGUGCGUAAGCACACACUGUUGUACACGUCAGCUUUUUAUUACCAGCAGCCUGUCACCACGACAAAUUUCUUUAGUUUUACCUCUACAAAUACCAAAGGUAACACAGUUUGACAUACAGAAAUUAGGAUUUUAGGUUAUUCUUAAAAAGAUGUUAUUUGACAUAUCUCAGCAUGGUCUGCAGUGUGUCCUUAAAACAUUUGAGAAAAAUGAACGAGUGUCAGGACUAAAACUAUCUACAACAGAUGAAUUUGAUCUGAAAGUGAAGUCCCGAAGAAAUAGGCGCAUAUUCAGCAAAGACCUGAACCAGGACCUGACAGAUGCAUCUGGACCUUCAGUGGAUCCAGCUACUCUUGGUUGAAGCCUCAUCAGAAAUGGUCUCCAUGAUAGCUGCUGGAACUGUGAAUUUCUCUGGGAGAUUAAUAAAAUAAUCCAGAAACAUCUCUGAGCUGCAGACAAGGAUCGUGAGGAGGAGAAUCCCAGGUGGAGCUGGGAUGCCUCGGUGGAGGAUUCUUCAACCAGAUGAGCCCAGAGGGCUUCGCUCGGUGCCCCCCACACCUGCAGCAUCCACAUCAGAAUUGCAGCAGACACAUAACAAAGACCUCAUGUUAGGUGAAGAUGUCCAGCAGCUGUUUGUGAUUAAAGAAGAGGUUCCCUGGACCUCCACUUUAGACCAGCAGGCCUCAGAGCCCCUCCACAUGAAGCAGGAAGAGGAGGAAGAAGAGGAACUCUGGACCAGUCAGGACAGAGAUCAUCUCAAUGGACCGGAGGAAGCUGAUAUCAGCAGGUUCUCAUUAACUGCUGUUACUGUGAAGAGUGAAGAGGAACCUCAGUCCUCACAGCUUCAUCAGAUCAAAACUGAAGACCACAGAGAGACAGAACCUCCAACCAGCAGCUCAGCUGUGCAGAUGAAAACAAAAACUGAUGAAGAGGACUGUGGACCAGGACCCGCACCAACCAGGAACUUGGAUCCAAGCAGUCAUUUCCAACCGAAUACUUAUGAAGAGGCAUCAGACUCUUCUGAAACCGAAAUCAGCGACGAUGAUUAUUGGCAAAAAUCUUCGGAUUCUGUACCAGAAAAUGAAGAUGGCGACGCUGCCAAAAAACCAUUCACCUGCUCCGAAUGUGGUAAGGAAUUUCUCCACAAGCGGUCUCUUCAGAGACACACAAGAGUCCACUCUGGAGACAAACCAUUUGGCUGUGUUAUUUGUGGUAGAAGAUUUUAUUACAGUUACCAUCUUAAGACGCACGUUGCAGUCCACACAGGAGAGAAACCCUUCAGCUGUGACGUUUGUGGUAAAAGUUUUAAUAGUAAGUCAUAUCUUAAGACACACAUGAGACUCCACACAGGAGACAGACCAUAUGCUUGUGAUAUUUGUGAUAAAAGAUUUUAUUUUAGGUCACAGCUUAAGACACACAUGAAAGUCCACACGGGAGAGGAACCAUUUGCUUGUGACGUUUGUAGUAAAAUAUUUUAUUUCAACUCGCAGCUUAAGACACAUAUGAGAAUCCACACAGGUAAAAAACCAUUUGCCUGCAAUGUUUGUGGUAAAGGAUUUAGUUGUAAGUCACACCUAAAUACACAUGGACGAGUCCACACAGGAGACAAACCAUUUGGUUGUGAUAUUUGUGGCAAAAGGUUUAAUAGAAAUACAAAUCUUAAGACACACAUGAUAGUCCACAUUAGAGAGAAAACCUUCUGCUGCGGUGUUUGUGGAAAAUGUUUUAAGUUUAAGUCAAAUCAUCAGACUCAUUUAAAGCUCCACACGGGAGAUAAACCAUUUUGUUGUGACAUUUGUGGAAAAGGAUUUGAACAAAAUGCUAAUCUUAAGAUACACAAGAGAGUCCACACAGGAGAGAAACCGUAUAGCUGUGAUCUUUGUGGUAAGAAGUUUAAUUAUAAGUCAUGUCUUAAGGCACACCUGAGGGUCCACACAGGCGACAAACCCUUCGGUUGUGAUAUUUGUGGUAAAAGAUUUCACCGAAGCACGUGUCUUAAGAUGCACAUGAGCGUUCACACAGGAGAGAAACCAUUUGCAUGCGCUGAUUGUGGUAAAAGCUUUGCCAAAAACACAAAUCUAAGGAGACACAUGAGGAUCCACACAGGAGAGAAGCCAUUUGUUGAUUGUGCCAACACAUGAGGAUCCAGAUGGGAGAGAAACCAUCUGGCUGUGUUGAUUGUGCCAAAAGACAUUUUAAGACAUGAGCCUUUAAAACUCUUUAGUUGUGUCGGUUCCUGUUAAAAGGUUAAAUCCUGAGAGGAUGUUAGGAGGCACAUACAUGUCCACAAGAGCAUCAUGUGAAACCUUUCAGUUGUGGUUGCAGGAAGAGAUUUAACCAACAGGAAAACUCAGAGUAAGUAGAGAAAAUAAAACGGAAACCUCAUGUAAUUGUGUUAGCUGAACUGUCUAAUGGAGGACAAACAAUACAUUUACAUAAACAAAGGUUCUGUGAGACGCGUGUGUUGGUUUGAAGACGGUUAAUCUAAACCAGCUGCCAAAGCUUGAUCACCAGCAGUACAUAGAAGCUGAGAGGUGGUCUGCAGCUGUUCCCAGUGUCUUAACAGAGACGUGUGAAUGGAUGUGCUGGCUGUUUAAAGUCCAAGCAAACCAGUAACAAACAUCCCAGAAAAGUGUGUUAUCUUAAAAAGAAGGUUAUAUUUGAUAGUUUUAUGCUAAUAAAUUGUACUUUUUUCCAUUUGGAUUUGAUGAUUUGUGUAUUUUUGGUCUCUAUGAUAAUAAAUAGGUUAAAGUGGGAAAAAAAGAGAUCAGAUCAUGUUGGUGAGGUUGUACCGGGAAAAAGAAGAAAAAAGAUACCAAACAUGGCGUUGGGUAAACGUUUUAUUUUUUUUUUAUAUAAAAUAAUGUAUAUAAAGGCAAAACCCAACUGAUCUCAGACCCACCAGGAUUGUCAGGGUUUUGGUUAAAUGUCACUUCUGUCAGUGUUUAUUUUAUGGCAUUCUUGGUUGACUUAAUGUAAACAUCUGAUAACAACUUUUAUGUUAGGUGGUGUACUAUUUUCCUGUUUUCAGACCAGAUUUGUAGUUUUGGCAUCCAGAGGAUAUUAUUGAUAUGAAUCAUUUUCUUGACAUUGUUUGUGUAACUCUUAGGAUGCUCGAUCGUCUGAAAGUUUUUUACCCAUAAAUCCGUCUUGUAUUCAUGUUUCCUCGUUAAAAUUUGGGUCAGGAACUGAUAAGGAAAUUGAUAAAAAACUAUAGUGAUAGGGUAGGAUUCAUAAUGGCAACGUUGCAUGGUAAACAUGGCAACAUGCCAUUUUCGUUGGACAUGUGUAGCUACCAUUAACUUAAAGAUUAGCUUAUAUUUUUCAUUACAAAGUACAAUGUCUCUGUUUUGAUAUCUGAUGUCAUGUCAUGUGAAUAAAAAAAUGGUUUAUGAGAUUUGAAAAUCUUUGCACUGUGUUCCUAUUUAUGUUGUAUGUUUUAGUACAUCAUAAG